AUGGGUAACGUGCAGUGUUACAAUGACGAAAAAAAAGUGAAAAAUAAACGAAACAAAGUACAAACCGACUGUGCGGAAACGACGCCAACAAUGGGCGCGAUUAAAGGCGAAAGUCAUUUAACGAAUAGCAACGAAAAAGCGGAUGUCAAAAAAGAAUAUAUCCUUGGGCGCGACAGCGUAGACUUCGAGAGCACGAAAAUAGAGCCAGAUAAAUGUGUGUCAAAAGAUCUGGCGAAUGGAAAUUGUGAGGUUCCGCCUUUAAACUCACUUCAUAAUAAUAUUAUGAAGCAAGAUGAAGUGCCUCAAGGUAUGGAAGUACCGAAGAAGGAUUGUUACACUUAUCGAAGCUUAACUACGAAUUAUUCUUCUAGUUCCUCGAACGAUCAGCCUCAUUCAACUUUCAACACCAUCACAAACCAGCGACUACAAAGUUCAUCACAACGAGCUAGUUCAUUGAAGUCACAUUUAUCGGAAUUAAAGAGUUCAAUAUCAGAAAUGAAAAACCUAAGCAACACUAACAGUCUGGAAUUUGAGCAAAGAUUUAAGAAAUCCAUGGAAGACAUCUUAGAAAAGGAUAAAAUAAAUGAAAAGACAUCUAUUAAGAAUGAUUAUAAUAAUUUUAAAGUAAAUCGGCUAGACAAUAUAAGCGAACCAUAUAGUAAACUAUGUCAAAAAUACUUGAACGAAAGAGAGAAUGAUUUAAAAUAUAGUGCAGUUCGAACCACAUCAGCCAGCUCCACAAGCCUUGUGACGGAUGGGUUUAUCGCAUCGAAAUCGGCAGCGAAUAGUUCUCGGUCCAGACAUAUGCAACACGGGGACGUUUUGUACUCAGACCAAAGUGCCGUCGGUGCAACGAAACGGCUUCUACAGGCUGAAAGCCUCACUGCUGAACAAAACUCUGCCUAUCAACAAGAAAGGCGAACGCUUCAGACCGCUGAAACGAACACCCAAGAAGCGAACAAUGUGUCAACAAGCACUUCUCGGCUGCACACCGAUGCCUUCAGCGCGGAAAGAACAGGCACGGCUACUUCACAAGCCAGACAAACAGUCAGUUCCAGUGGUAUAUACAGUCACAAGGAACAUGCGAGUGUAGCACAUUCCAAUAUGUCUUUAUCGAGUAAAAACAUUUCAACAUCAUCAGUGCUGUCGUCGCAGAUAGAUGAAAUUUUGAACGGAACCAACAAAGCAAAUAGCUGUGAUCUACUGAGUUUAAACUUUAACGAUCUCGAAGAACUAAACUGCCAUUCGAGCCAGAAAGAUAUUGAAAUAGCAAUUCAAAAAUAUAAAAAAAGAAUGUGUGCUUCAAUAUCUGCGAUCAAAAACGAAGACAUGGACACUAAUACAGCAUCGUUGCACUUUAACAAAAUAAAUGAGAUGCUUAGAAGGGCGUGGGCUGUACCAACACACGGGCACGAACUAGGAAAUUCAUUAUGCAAUAUAUUGCGUACUUCUGGCGGCCUUGAUGUACUAAUGGAAAAUUGUAUGGAAUCUAAAAACCCAGAGCGGCAAUUCGCCUCAGCUAAAAUUCUCGAGCAAUGCCUUACCACCGAAAACAGAGAGUAUGUAGUGAAAAAUGGCUUAGGAAAGGUUGUAAAUGCAGUUGUAUGUGUGUGUACGAAAAAUGCGAACUUAGUAGAUUACUCAAGAGUAGGCACUGGAAUUUUACAACAUUUAUUUAAACACAGCGAAGCAACGUGUAGUGACGUCAUUAAAUUAGGAGGAUUGGAUGCAGUCUUAUUUGAAUGUAGGAAAAACGACAUCGAGACGUUAAGGCACUGCGCAACAGCCUUAGCCAACCUUUCGCUGUAUGGUGGUGCUGAAAAUCAAGAAGCUAUGAUAAAAAGAAAAGUUCCUAUGUGGUUAUUUCCUUUAGCGUUCCACAACGACGACAAUAUUAAAUACUACGCAUGUUUAGCUAUUGCUGUUUUAGUUGCCAAUAAAGAAAUUGAAGCUGCUGUUCUAAAAUCAGGCACAUUGGAGCUUGUCGAGCCGUUCGUCACAUCACAUAAUCCAUCCGAGUUUGCUCGGUCAAACCUCGCACAUGCUCAUGGACAAAGUAAAACGUGGUUGCAAAAGCUCGUGCCUGUUCUGAGUUCUAAGAGAGAGGAGGCACGAAACCUAGCAGCUUUUCAUUUCUGUAUGGAGGCAGGUAUUAAAAAGCAACAGUGUAAAACGGAAAUAUUCAGAGAAAUUGGCGCAAUAGAGCCACUCAAAAAGGUGGCCAGUUGUCCUAAUGCAAUUGCAUCUAAGUUCGCUGCACAAGCAUUAAGAUUUAUAGGUGAAGAAGUACCGCACAAGCUAUCACAACAAGUGCCACUUUGGUCGAUUGAAGAUGUAAAGGAGUGGGUUAAACAAAUAGGAUUUAUUGAAUAUGCCAAUGAGUUUUACCAGAGUAAGGUAGAUGGCGACCUACUAUUACAAAUUACAGAAGAGAACCUGCGAGACGACAUUGGACUGACUAAUGGAAUCAAACGUAAAAGAUUUGCAAGAGAAUUACAACAGUUGAAAAAAAUGGCAGAUUACAGCUUGCGAGAUACAUGUAGUCUUCAUGAAUUUCUGCAAAGCAUUGGGCCUGAGUAUACUAUUUACACUUAUUCAAUGUUAAAUGCUGGUGUAGACAAGAAAUCUAUUUUUGGUUUGAGUGACGAACAACUUGAAAAUGAGUGCUACAUAAAGAACAGUAUACAUAGAUUAAGAAUAUUGAAUGCUAUUAGAGAUUAUGAAAGUCGAUUACCAAGUUUAGAAGAAGAUAAUAUGGUAAAAAACUUAGAUGUUUUUAUAAGUUACCGAAGAUCAAAUGGUUCACAAUUAGCAAGUUUACUUAAAGUCCAUCUAAAUUUACGUGGAUUUACCAUUUUCAUUGAUGUAGAAAGACUAGAGGCUGGAAAAUUUGAGAAUUUGCUCCAGAGCAUUAGACAAGCUAAACAUUUUUUGUUAGUUCUCACUCCAAAUGCUCUAGACAAAUGCAUGCAUGAUUCCGAACAAAAGGAUUGGUUACAUCGUGAAAUCGUCGCCGCCUUGCAGUCGCAAUGCAAUAUCGUCCCAAUAAUCGACAACUUCGAAUUUCCUGAGCCAGAGGACUUGCCAGAAGAUAUGAGAGCUGUAUGUCAUUUCAAUGCAGUGAGAUGGAUCCAUGACUAUCAAGAUGCAUGUGUUGAAAAACUGGAAAGUUUUCUCAGAGGCAAGUCAAAUCUUGCUACAAGACUGGAAGGAUCUCUUAGAGGACCAGUAUCUAUCCAGACUCCAUGUGCAGCAUUAAAUAGGGGUCCUCCAAACUUUCAGCAAAAUAUGCAGUUGACAGAAUGUGACUCAUUUGAAAAAUGA